GCACACACACACCUCAACAUUUUCACAUUCCCUUCAUAAACCAUGUUUUCACCAUUAACGGCACUGUUACUCUUAGCCAUUAUCUCCACCGUUACCUCCACCGCUAACUCAUGUCUUCCAUCAGAACUCAAAGCCCUACAAGCCAUAAAAGCCUCACUCCGUGAACCUAACGACGGAAUAUUCAACUCAUGGACCGGAACUGACUGCUGCCACAACUGGUUGGGCGUAUCAUGCGACGAGAAUACUCGUCGCGUAGCCGAUAUAAACCUCCGUGCCGGAACUCUCUACACCACCUUCGAAAAAGCACGUAAACCUGGCUACAUGACCGGUCAAAUCUCCCCGGAGAUUUGUAAGCUAACUAAACUUUCAAGCAUUACAAUCACUGAUUGGAACGGUAUCUCCGGUGAGAUCCCCAAGUGCAUUUCUUCACUUUCUUUCCUUCGUAUCAUCGACCUCGCCGGAAACCGUUUCUCCGGUAAUAUCCCCUCUGAUAUCGGCAAACUCCGCCAUCUCAACCGUCUCAGCAUCGCCGACAACGUCAUCACCGGUGGAAUCCCCAGGUCCUUAACCAACCUAACUAGCUUGACUCAUCUUGACAUCCGUAAUAAUAGGAUCUCAGGAUAUAUCCCAAUGGGCUUUGGCAGGCUUCAGUAUUUAGGCCGGGCUUUAUUAAGUGGUAAUCAGUUACACGGGCCCAUCCCCGGCUCAAUAUCUCGAAUCAAACGUCUUUCGGAUCUUGAUCUAUCUCGAAACCAAUUAUCCGGGCCCAUCCCGGAAUCAUUAGGCUUAAUGUCUGUUUUGGGAACCCUAAAGCUUGAUACAAACAAGCUUUCGGGGAUGAUCCCAAAGUCUCUUUUUGGUUCAGGAAUAAGUGAUUUGAACUUAAGUCAUAAUUUGUUGGAGGGUAAUAUACCUGAUGCAUUUGGGGGUAGGUCUUAUUUUACAUCAUUGGAUAUUUCCUAUAAUAAUCUCAAGGGUCCUAUACCUAAAUCUAUAUCUUCUGCUGCUUACAUUGGUUACAUGGAUUUGAGCCAUAAUCAUUUGUGUGGUCCAAUUCCUAAAGUUUUGGAUCAUCUUGAUGCAUCUUCGUUUGAGGUCAAUGAUUGUCUUUGUGGAAAGCCACUUGAAGCUUGCAAAAAGAAGUAAUGUUUGCCAUCAAUGUGUCUCAUUGGUUAAUCCAGCUUUCUCUAAUAAUUGUCACAUUUACACACGAGUUGUUUCAAAAAGUGUCAAUUUCAAUUUCUAAUUUAGUUUUAAUUUAUUUUUUUCUUGGAUUAUGAUAUCUAAUUAAUACUGUGUGUAUCAUCUGUUAUCAUUUUCAACAUUGUAUUUAUGAGAUAAUUAAAAUACAACAAUGGUUAUUGAGAAUAA